CCGCCCCCGCUCCCUCGCUCGUAUGUCCGCGCCGCCUUAGCCGAGGAUGCUGAGGAUGAAGCUGCCGCCUAAGUCGACGCACCCCAGCGAGCCGCCGCCCGACGCGGAGGAGCCCGAGGCGGACUCGCGGCCCGGCGCAAAGGCGCCGCCGCGCCGCCGCCGCGACUGCCGCCCGCCGCCGCCGCCCACGGGCCCGCCGCGGGUCCCCCGGCCGCUGCCGCCGUCGCCGCCCCGGGGGCUCGAGCCGCCUGUUGCUGGCGGGCCGACGGCGGGCGCGGGCAUGCCGGGCGACGGCGGGCACGCGGCGGCGGCGGCGCUGCGCGAACAGGAGCGGGUGUACGAGUGGUUCGGGCUGGUGCUGGGCUCGGCACAGCGCCUGGAGUUCAUGUGCGGGCUGCUGGACCUGUGCAACCCGCUGGAGCUGCGCUUUCUCGGCUCGUGCCUGGAGGACUUGGCGCGCAAGGACUACCACUACCUGCGCGACUCGGAGGCCAAGGCCAACGGCCUCUCGGACCCAGGGUCGCUGGCCGACUUCCGAGAGCCCGCCGUGCGCUCGCGCCUCAUCGUUUACCUGGCGCUGCUGGGCUCGGAGAACAGGGAGGCCGCCGGCCGCCUGCACCGCCUCCUGCCCCAGGUGGACGCAGUGCUCAGGAGCCUGCGCGCGACUCGGGCCGAGGGCUCCCGGGGCAGCGCGGAGGACGAGCCGGUUGGCGAUGGCGAGCAGGACGCGGAGAAGGACGGCCUCGGCCCGGAAGGCGGCGGCAGCGGAUGCGCCGAGCUCGGAACUGGAGGCGGGCUCGGCUUCAGGGCCCAGGAGGAACUGCUGCUGCUCUUCACCAUGGCUUCGCUGCACCCGGCUUUCUCCUUCCACCAGCGGGUCACCCUGAGGGAGCACUUGGAGAAGCUCCGCGGCGCGCUCCGGGUGGAGCCCGAGGACGCGGAGGAGGUGGAGCAGUGCAACUUUGCGGGCUCCAGUGCCCAGAAUGACUCUGCUUGUGGUGAUUAUAUACAGAGUAAUGAGACUGGGUUAGUAGAACAAGCCCCAAUACCUCAAGAUGGACUCACUGUGGCCCCUCACAGAGCUCAGCGAGAAGCUGUACACAUUGAGAAGAUAAUGUUGAAAGGAGUCCCGAGAAAAAGGGCUGACAAAUAUUGGGAGUACACUUUCAAAGUAAAUUGGUCUGACCUUUCAGUCACAACAGUAACAAAAACCCACCAAGAGCUACAGGAAUUUCUACUGAAGCUUCCAAAGGAAUUGUCGUCUGAGACUUUUGACAAGACCAUCUUAAGAGCCCUGAAUCAGGGUUCUUUAAAAAGGGAAGAGCGGCGACACCCUGACCUGGAACCCAUCCUAAGGCAGCUAUUUUCCACUUCGUCCCAGGCUUUUCUUCAGAGUCAGAAAGUACGCAGCUUUUUUCGGUCAAUAUCAUCGGAGUCUCAACACAGUCUCAAUAACUUACAGUCCUCUCUGAAGACUUCUAAGAUAUUAGAACACUUAAAAGAAGACAGCUCAGAAGCUUCAAGUCAAGAAGAAGAUGUGUUACAGCACACCAUAAUCCACAAGAAACAUGCUGGGGAAAGUCCCGCUGUGAACAGUGUUGGUACGAACUGUUCUCCAUUGGAUGGGCUUACCAUGCAGUAUGCAGAACAGAAUGGAAUUGUGGAUUGGAGGAACCAAAGCUGUACCACCAUCCAGCACUCAGAACACUGUGUGACCUCAGCUGACCAACACUCUGCUGAAAAACGGAGCUUAUCUUCAGUAAAUAAGAAGAAAGGGAAGCCACAAAUAGAAAAGGAGAAAAAUAAGAAAACAGAGAACAGACUGAACAAUAGAAUAAACGGCAUUAGACUUUCUGCUCCCCAGCAUGCUCUUGGCAGUACUGUGAAAGAUAUGAAUUUGGACAUUGGAUCUGGACAUGACACAUGUGGAGAAACGUCUUCAGAGAGUUACAGUUCUCCGUCUAGUCCACGCCAUGAUGGAAGAGAAAGCUUUGAAAGUGAAGAAGAAAAGGACAGAGACACAGACAGCAAUUCUGAAGAUUCUGGAAAUCCAUCCUCAGCCAGGUUUACAGGCUAUGGCUCGGUCAACCAGACUGUCACUGUCAAGCCGCCUGUUCAGAUUGUCUCACUGGGAAGCGAGAGUGGAAACCUUUUAGAAGCUCCAUUGACCUCACACAAGUAUCCACAUAUCCCCUUUAUGCCAGCUCUACACUGUGUCAUGCACAAUGGUGCCCAGAAGUCGGAAGUCGUCAUUCCUUCACCCAAAUCUGCAGAUGGCAAAACAAUAGGGAUGCUUGUCCCUAACCCUGUGGCUAUUUCUACAGUGAUGGAGUCUACAAAUUCAAACCCUGUUGGGAUCCUAGGCCCAGCAGCUUCCGGAGAGUCAGAGAAACACCUGGAAUUGUUGGCGUCCCCUUUACCUAUUCCAUCAACCUUCCUUCCACACAGUAGUACUCCUGCUUUGCAGCUAACAUUGCAGAGGCUAAAAUUGCCACCACAAGGAUCGUCUGAGAGUUGCACAGUUAAUAUUCCACAACAAGCAACUGGAAGUCUGAGCAUCGGAUCACCAAACACUGCCUUUAUUCCUGUUCAUAGCCCAGGUAGUUUCCCAGGCUCUCCUGUGGCUGCCACGGACCCCAUCACAAAGUCUACAUCCCAAGUGGUAGGACUAAAUCAAAUGGUGCCUCAGAUUGAGGGAAACACAGGGACCGUCCCUCAGCCGACCAAUGUGAAGGUAGUUCUUCCAGCAGCUGGCCUCUCAGCUGCACAGCCACCAGCUUCCUACACCUUUCCAGGCUCACCCCUUGCUGCCAGUGUGCUACCCACCCAGAAUUCCAAUGUGCUCAACACAGCCACUUCUGCACAGCCAGCAAGUACAGGCAUCAGUCAAGCCCAAGCCACAGUUCCUCCUGCUGUUCCUACCCACACCCCAGGCCCUGCCCCAAGCCCCAGCCCUGCCUUGACACACAGUACUGCACAGAGCGACAGCACAUCUUACAUCAGUGCUGCCGGGAACACGAACGCUAAUGGGACCAUAGUGCCACCACAGCAGAUGGGGCCCUGUGGUUCUUGUGGGCGAAGGUGCAACUGUGGGACCAGUGGAAAUCUUCAGCUAAAUAGUUACUAUUAUCCCAAUCCAAUGCCUGGACCAAUGUACCGAGUCCCAUCAUUCUUCACUCUGCCAUCCAUUUGCAAUGGCAGCUACCUCAGCCAAGCACAUCAGAGCAAUGGAAACCAACUUCCUUUUUUUCUGCCUCAGACUCCAUAUGCAAAUGGCCUGGUACAUGACCCAGUCAUGGGGAGCCAAGCCAGCUAUGGCAUGCAGCAGAUGGCAGGAUUUGGGAGAUUGUAUCCCGUAUACCCAGCACCCAGUGUAGUUGCCAACACCAGUGGUUCUGGGCCCAAGAAGAAUGGGAAUGUCUCAUGUUACAAUUGUGGUGUGAGCGGACACUAUGCACAGGACUGUAAGCAGUCGUCCAUGGAGGCCAAUCAACAAGGCACUUACAGACUGAGAUACGCACCUCCCCUCCCCCCUUCUAAUGAUACGUUGGAUUCUGCAGACUGACCAGAGUAAAGCUUGCCUACUUAAUGCACUCACGUGUGGGGAGUCAUGGGGUGUGGAGGGGAGGAAAGGAAAGGUAUUUGUUUCUUUGUCUGUACAUUUCCUAAAUUUCUAUGCAGUUGGGAGUUUUCAUUUCUCUUUUACCUAUGUCUACAAUAAGAAUGAAUGCUAUGCUCCUGAGCCGCUGGUCUCCUGGCUCAACAGCAGGCUUCCGUGUAUGAUACAUGUAACUUAAACUUCAGACAAACUCUCAAACAGAAGACAUUGAUGUGUGCUUUUUUACACUGAAUACUUGCUGUGUGCAAUGUUUACUGAAUCUUUAAACUGUGUAUUUGACCUUAUUUGUUUUCACAACACUGGUAACAGUCGUAUGGUUUGGGGAAAAAAAAAGCAGCUUGCUUCUUCCUGGCUUUCUCACAUUCACCCUGAACCACAUGUGUCUUGCCAGCCGCCUUCUUUCCGUGGCCUGCGGUGGCAGUGAUCAGCAGGCCUUGUGGCACUUCUCUAACUUGCUCUGUGUGUGAACCAAGGGCAACAGGUUUCACCAUAAAUUUUAGAAGUCAGAUUCCCAAGAAGUAUGUAUAUAUAUCACAAAAACAUCACGUAAAUACAUUAUGCAGCACUUGUCCAAAUAACAUGAAAACAGUGGGAGAGAGGAAGUAAGACCUCGGGAGCCAGGAAACGGACACACAGGCUUUCCGUGAGAGGACAACUCACCUCCCAUCACACUUUUGUAGCCUGUUGCUUCAGAGAGACGCAACGUGAACUCACUGGUGUGAAUGUUGUUCUCUGUGUGCUUAUGUCUGUGAUGACAGUCAACAGCCAGUUCUACUUGUUGUCACCCACAGUGCCCUACCAGACACACUUACAUCAUCUGUGCUACACCAGCUGUUACAGUGUUGCAUUGUGUUUACAAGUGUAAAGCUGUGGGUUUCUACAAAAGCCAGGGAUGUGCUCCCUAAGCUGUGUCUCAUAGCAAAGUCACUUUUAUAACCGUUUACCACUAUGCUUGAUGACCGGGUGAAAGGCUGAGUUCUGCGUGUGAGGAGAUGGUAUUAAUCAUGUCGGUGUCGUGUCACUAAGUUUAAUGCUGCUGGGGUUGUUUUGUUUUGUUGUUUUGUUUUAAUUUUUAAAGCCAAUCUAUGUACUAAAUUGCUUCCAGGUAAUUUUUUUAUUUCCUGAAGUGCACUGAGGUUAUCUGGAAGGUUGGAUGUCUCUCCAGUGACUGCCGCAUUCAACAGCAAUGAACAAGUACCACCAUAUAUUAUAGGCCUAAGGGCUGGGAGGGUAUAGAGCAGAAACAGCCGGCCACUGCUGUGGGGAGUAUAGUUGGUGCACAGCAGAGGCACGGAAAUGUUGGCUCUGGGUUCCGAAACCUGACAUUGUGAGACAGAGAAAAACUUGAAGAAAAAAGUUAGUUCAACACUUCAAAAGUAGCAAUUCUAUUUAUAGCACCACUGUACAUUCUGAGACCUUCAGGGGUAGGACCUCUGGGGAGAGGGGGGAGUGACGGGGUAGACAGAAGCUUUAAUUUAGAAAGAAACAGUUCAAGUAAAGGAAAUUAUUUUGAUUAAAUAUAUUUUAUUUGACCUGGGUAUUUUUGGACCACAUUAUUAAAUUGUUAAGCUGCAGUUGAGUUGUUCAGGGGAGAGUAUUGAUAAGCCUUGUACAGGUGCAUUGUGACUCACUUGCCAGAUGUACUUUAUGGAGCUUAUUUUAUGAUUUCAAAUACUGUACUGUACAUAGGAGGUAUGUUACCUUCUCCUUAUUUGUAUGUUUACCAUAUACUUUGAUAUUUGAAAUGUUAUGUACUGGAAAGGCCACUUAUAUUUCUAGAACAGAUUGGAUUUUAUGCAACAUUUUUUCCUUGAAUUAACAGCAAUAAAAAAUGAAAAACAGCCUAAGAAUUUUGCCUUAUUUCAGGUUUUAUAAAAUUGCAAGUGGGCUUUCAUGGUAAUUUUUCUUUUAAGGCGUCAAUUCAUUUUCCUCUUUACAUGGGCAGUGUCUCCCAGUGUGACUUACCACCUGAAUGUUCUAAAGCCUUACCCUGGUGUAGGUCAUCUGUGUAGCCUCCAAAGAAAGGGAAGACGGAAUGGCCAAGACCAUCUUUAUAAACAGC